GAAAGUACAUGUUAUUCUCCUAUAAAUAGCAUACCGGAUAAGUCGUUGUUCAUCAAGAAAGAAGAAGUGAUUAACAUUCAAUCUCACCGGAAAGUUACCGAUUAACAGAUCAUGUUUGCAGAAGAGAAUGGUUUACAUGGAGACCCACGAAUAAAGGCCAUCUCAGACGCCAUACGAGUCGUUCCCCACUUCCCUAAACCAGGGAUAAUGUUUCAAGAUAUUACAACGCUUCUGUUGGAUCAAAAGGCGUUCAGAUACACUGUUGAUAUCUUUGUUGAUCGUUAUCGAGACAAGAAAAUUUCAGUUGUUGCUGGAGUUGAAGCCAGAGGAUUUAUAUUUGGUCCUCCAAUUGCUUUAGCUAUUGGUGCCAAGUUUGUCCCACUGCGCAAGCCAAGAAAGCUGCCAGGUGAGGUAAUAUCUGAGGCAUAUGUGCUAGAGUACGGUACAGACUGUCUAGAGAUGCAUGUUGGGGCUGUGCAACCGGGUGAGAGUGUGUUGAUCGUCGAUGAUCUCGUGGCGACAGGUGGCACCCUCUCGGCAGCCAUAAGGCUUUUAGAACGCGUUGGAGCCGAAGUUGUUGAAUGUGCAUGUGUUAUCGGGUUGCCGCUCGUGAAGGGUAAUUGGAGACUAAACGGGGUACCGCUAUAUGUUCUUGUGGAGCCUCGGCUAGAUGAUCUGGAAGGUGCGUUAUGAGAUGCUGCGAUAGCUGAUGGAUGGCGGGGUUAACAUAUGGAGAAGGGCAAAUCCGUCUUUUCGAGAUCCGACAGUGGAAUUUAGGGUUUGCUUGUUACAAAAGAGCUAUACUUUGGAGUUUGUAAUUGUUAGGUUUUGUGUUUUUGUUAUUCCCCAUUGGAAGAUUAGGUGCAUUUUGUAGAUGAACACAUUACUUUGAUUGAAUAUUUGAACCAACAAACUCAGUCAGAUUCAUGAUUAUACACCAUUGGCAAUGGUGGGGGUGUUCAUAACUUCA